GUCCUUGUCGGAACUUCUCUAUGUGAAACAGUAACUUGCUCAGUUACAAAGUUUUGCAAAGUCUCUCUCCACGAAGGGACACUUGUUUGCUCACAUUCAAAGUCCAUCUGUGAGGGUUAACGCUGCUACUCGCGACUUCCCCGUUUUAGUCUCAUAUCUCAAACACCUCUCAAACUUCUGGAAACAUGCGUGAGUGUAUCUCUGUGCACGUGGGUCAGGCUGGUGUUCAGAUUGGCAAUGCCUGCUGGGAGCUUUAUUGCCUGGAACACGGAAUCCAACCUGACGGCCAGAUGCCCAGCGAUAAGACCAUUGGCGGUGGAGACGAUUCUUUCAACACCUUCUUUAGUGAGACAGGAGCUGGAAAACAUGUGCCCAGAGCUGUGUUUGUUGACCUGGAGCCCACAGUCAUUGAUGAGGUGCGCACUGGAACUUACCGCCAGCUGUUCCACCCUGAGCAGCUGAUCACUGGCAAGGAGGACGCUGCCAAUAACUACGCCCGUGGCCAUUACACCAUCGGCAAGGAGAUCAUUGACCUCGUGCUGGACAGGAUCCGCAAACUGGCUGACCAAUGCACCGGCCUUCAGGGCUUCCUGGUGUUCCACAGUUUUGGUGGGGGCACAGGUUCUGGAUUCACCUCGCUCCUGAUGGAGCGUCUCUCUGUAGACUACGGAAAGAAGUCCAAGCUGGAGUUUGCCGUCUACCCAGCUCCCCAAGUAUCCACCGCUGUGGUGGAACCCUACAACUCCAUCCUGACCACCCACACAACCCUGGAGCACUCAGACUGUGCUUUCAUGGUAGAUAACGAGGCCAUCUACGAUAUCUGCCGCAGGAACCUCGACAUCGAACGUCCUACUUACACUAAUCUAAACAGACUGAUAGGUCAGAUUGUGUCCUCCAUUACUGCUUCCCUUCGUUUUGACGGUGCCCUCAAUGUUGAUCUGUCAGAGUUCCAGACCAACUUGGUGCCAUAUCCCCGCAUCCACUUUCCUCUGGCCACCUAUGCUCCCAUAAUCUCUGCUGAGAAGGCCUACCAUGAGCAAUUAACUGUAGCUGAAAUCACCAAUGCCUGUUUCGAGCCAGCCAAUCAGAUGGUGAAAUGUGACCCCCGUCAUGGAAAGUACAUGGCGUGUUGCCUGUUGUACCGCGGCGACGUGGUACCCAAAGAUGUAAAUGCCGCUAUUGGCACUAUCAAAAACAAACGCACCAUCCAGUUUGUGGACUGGUGCCCCACUGGUUUCAAGGUGGGCAUCAACUACCAGCCUCCCACUGUGGUUCCAGGUGGAGACUUGGCUAAGGUCCAGAGGGCAGUGUGCAUGCUUAGCAACACCACUGCUGUUGCAGAGGCCUGGGCUCGGCUUGACCAUAAGUUUGACUUGAUGUACGCCAAGCGAGCCUUUGUUCACUGGUAUGUGGGUGAGGGCAUGGAAGAGGGAGAGUUCUCUGAAGCCAGAGAGGACAUGGCGGCCUUGGAGAAAGAUUAUGAGGAGGUUGGUGCUGACUCCAUUGAUGACCAGGGAGAAGAGGGGGAGGAAUACUAAGAAGCAUCACGCAAAGUUCAGUUAUUAUGGAUGUAACCAUUGUUCUGUUUAAUUGUAAACAAUGUUUUUACAAUAUGUCAUUGUA